CCACCCGCGACGCUUGCUCUCCUCCCACCGCCCACAACCUCCGCACCCCGCCAGCAUCCCAGCGGACUCUCUCUCUCCUCGAUAUCUCCCAUAUUUUCUUGUUUGAACACGUAGCGGCACCCACGCAGCAAUGGCGACCUCAACGAUCCGCCGCAAACCCAUACACACCUACAAGUCACCCUCGUUCGACACCACAUCCGAUCAGCUAUCAUACCGUAAGUCUCUCGCUCUCCAAACCUGCGCGCAAAACUCAUACUGCGCGCAGCCAUCCCCCGCGCGACACCCAGAGCCUCUUCCUCCGCGUCCCACUCGGACAAGUCUACCACGGAAGGCACAACGGUGACGGUCAUCGUGCCGUACGUGAGCACGCACGCGACGAAGCAUCGCCAGCCACCCGCGCUCCCUCUCUACCACCCACUCGGGCCCUUCGCGCUCUCCCUGCCCAAGCUCGACCCCGGCUUCUUUGGCCUCCCCAACCAAAUCAACGUCGACGACGCGGUCGACGAGCCCGCCGACCCCGGGCGCCGCUCCUCGUCGCGUGCACGACGGCCCGCGGCGAAGGUGCGCGAGCGCGACGACGCAGACGAGGAG